AGGUAUCCUAAUAGAACUGAACUCAGAGGAAACAGGUGACUGGAUCCGGGAACCAAGCAACUCAGAAGCAUUCAGGAAUGAACUCAAAGUCAAGGUCGACUUCACAAAAAGGACGCGCACAAUAGUGGCCAAGUUUGUACCAUGCAACUUCAACCCAGACGACAAGGAACACACGGAGGAACUAAUGGAUGAAAACUGCUGGGACUCACACACCUUUGUCAAAGCCUGAUGGAUCAAAGCGAUCGACAGAAGAAGCGAAAAUCAAAGAACAGCGCACCUACUCAUCACACUCGCAGAAGGCGAGGAAGUAGAAAGGCUAAUGACACGAAGGAGGCACAUCAGUCUAUGGGGAAGGAUGAUACCAGUGGAAAGGGACCAGAAGGUCCCAGUCCAAUGCGCUAAGUGCCAAUGCUUUGGUCACUAUGCAUCUGACUGCCUCGAAACAGAUGAUAUAUGCAGCAAAUGUGGAGAGAAGGGACACAAAUCAAAAGAAUGU